GUCGGCGGCCCGCGGUGACGUCAAAAGGCCGCGCGGAAGUUCCGUGUGUUCACUUCCCGCAGGAGUGAGUUCUGGCGCGUCGCAGGCAUGGUGCACUGCAGUUGCGUGUUACUCAGAAAGUAUGGAAACUUCAUCGAUAACUUAAGACUCUUCACCAGGGGAGGAAGUGGUGGAAUGGGUUACCCUCGUUUAGGUGGAGAAGGUGGAAAAGGCGGUGACGUCUGGGUUGUAGCCCAUAACAAAAUGACGUUAAAACAGCUUAAAGACAAAUAUCCUAAGAAACGGUUUGUGGCUGGAGAAGGAGCAAACAGUCGGGUUAGUGCACUGAAAGGCUCCAAAGGAAAAGAUUGUGAAAUUCCUGUACCUGUGGGCAUUUCAGUAACUGAUGAAAAUGGUAAAAUUAUAGGAGAACUCAAUAAAGAGAAAGACAGAAUUUUGGUAGCUGAAGGAGGCCUUGGUGGUAAAUUAUUUACAAAUUUCUUACCAUUGAAAGGCCAGAAACGAGUAAUUCACCUUGAUCUAAAACUUAUAGCUGAUGUAGGCCUAGUGGGAUUCCCAAAUGCUGGAAAAUCCUCUUUGCUAAGUCAGAUUUCUCAUGCAAAACCUGAGAUUGCAGAUUAUGCAUUUACAACACUAAAGCCUGAACUUGGAAAGAUUAUGUAUAAUGAUUUCAAACAGAUAUCAGUAGCUGAUCUUCCUGGUUUAAUAGAAGGAGCACAUAUGAACAAAGGAAUGGGCCACAAAUUCCUCAAGCAUAUAGAAAGAACUAAACAACUACUUUUUGUUGUCGAUAUUUCUGGGUUUCAGCUUUCUUCCCAAACGCAGUACAGAACUGCCUUUGAAACCAUAAUACUGCUUACAAAAGAGUUGGAGUUGUACAAAGAGGAAGUUCAGACAAAACCUGCACUCCUGGCAGUUAAUAAAAUGGACUUACCAGAUGCUCAAAAUAAAUUCCGUGUACUGAUGAACCAACUCCAGAAUCCUAAAGAUUUUCUGCAUUUAUUUGAAAAAAACAUGAUUCCAGCUCAGAUUAUGGAGUUCCAACAUAUCAUCCCCAUCUCUGCGAUUACCAGAGAAGGAAUUGACGAAUUAAAGAACUGUAUAAGGACAUCUUUGGAUGAACACGCCAACCAGGAAAAUGAUGCAUAUCAUAAGAAACAGUUGCUCAAUUUACAGAUUUCCAAUACGGUAUCUUACAGGGAGCCACAAUCAAAGAAUGCUCUUACUAGUUCCAGAGUGGACAGAAUUUAAGUUUAUUCAAAAUGAUAUUGAUAUGUGUUCAUUUGAAAGCUUUUUCAUAAACACGUACUUUUUAGAAUGUUAGUUAUUACUAACCUUCUAAUAUAUAUGCCAUCAUUUGAGAACCAUAUCUUUUUAGGGUAUUUUGUAGUUAAACUUUUUAUCAACAGUAAAAAAGUAACUGAGAACAAAAACUGACAGUUUAUAAUUUUGUGGCCAAUCCACCUGUAAUAAAAUCCUCUGAUAUGCCUGUACUUAAGAUGUCUCUAGUGAGGUCAUUUUUUUUUUAAUAUAAAAGGAUUUCUAGCAUAUUAUGAGAAUGAGCAACUGUGUUUUAUUUGUUUUUGAGUCUGUCAUGUACCUGUUUCUACUAAAUAUAUAAUAGUUCUCAUUUUUACAAAAUCUUAAAACCGUAAAUUGGAACAUGUGUUCAGUGAUAAUAAAGAUCAUUGAUAAUAUUUAACAGAAACCAGCCAAUAAAUGCUUGUGAAUUCAGCUUUCAGAAAUUUUUUUUUCUUAAAUGUAAGAGUAUUUUUUCUUGCUUUGGAGCAGACAGAUGUACUCGUAUGUCUCAUUUCCUUAUGUCCUAGUCUGUUUCAUUGUUUACUUUCAUAUUUUACUAAGAGAGAAUAGGAAGUACAAACUUUAAACAAUAUUAUCAAUCAUCAAUAUAUUCUUAAGAGACUAUAAUUUCUAAAUUUCUGCCUAAAUUUAAAAAAUACUUACAAAUUGGACAUUUUUAAAGAGUUGUAUUAUAAAAUAUACAUGUUCCUUGUGAAAAAUUAAACAGUGCAUAAGCAUAUAAAGUAAAAAGGAACGUUCCCAUCGUUCUGCAUUAGACCCUCCAGCCCUUCUCAGACAUAACCAGUUAAGCUUCCUAUGUUCUUGCAGAAUUUUUUUAUUUAUGUAUCUCUUCACCCAAAUUAAUUUAUUAUAUAAAACUUUUCCAAGUUUAUUUAUUUUUUCACAAAAUAGUAGCAAGUUAAUGAGAUUUUAAUGUUUUAUUCAAUGCUACUUUUAUUAGGAAUUGUUUUGGAAUUUAAGGCUUAGUGAAGCCGUUUCAUAUGGCUGUAAGUAUUACAUAAAAAUAUUAUAAGUAUUGUUCUACUUAAAUUUCUUCUGAUAUGACAUUGUGACUUUUUAGAAGCAUUAUUUCACUUUUAUUUGUUCUGUUUUCUUUUCCCCACUCCCACCUCUCAUCUCAGUCCCCAGAUCACUGGCUUUUUCUUGUAUUUCUUUUAUCCUCCUUGCACAGGUAUUGACUCAGUGUCUCCCCUGUACCAGGCACUGCG